CCCAGAUUUUGCUACACAUUGUGCUUAUUUGGAUUAUUACUGAACAUUUGGAUUUACAAUUUGGAUUUAUUUAAUUGGAAAUAUGACUUUCCCCGAGGAUAUUGAAUCUACUAUGCCGACCUCUGACAGAACCCCACUGAAGGUUGGCGAUGCCAUGCAGACAGUGUUGGCGAGUGCCAUGCUGGAGGGCAGAGUGACUUGCGGCGCAUUUGAAUGCGCACAGCAACUGCAAAAUGACCCUGAUAACGUGGUGAUGUGCGUGCUUCCUGUACACCCAAUACAAGAGGAUGUUACUAUACAGAUCCAACACACUCUCAUACAGGCUUUCUGUUGGGAAAAUGACAUCAAGGUCAUAAAGGUUGAUACCAUGAAAAAAUUGUCAAAAAUUUUGACUACACAGGUUCCCGAGGACAACAACAACGUGACCAACACUUGUUCGAUGGAUACCGAUUUCAGUUGUGUCCUCAUCCGGGCACUUAGUCCAAUAACCGAUUCAGCACUGUUGCAGCUCCUGGAGGCAACUGACCAUCACAUCAUAGAACUUCCUGAAUGAGAGUUGACCUUUGACCCACCUUGGAUCAAAUUCUACAUCCAGGAUUCCAAUUUCCUGGCCGAUCAUGUGAUCCCCAUUGCGCCUCAUAGGGCCCAACAGUCGACAUAGACGACGGACGUCUUCCAGACUACAUGGAGGGUCCAAGAAUUCUAUCGUCCCGACAACCUCGAGAGAGGGGCAACAUUUCAUCACAGCUAUUCCUGGACGGAUAUGGCUAUCUAUGCCUUGCCGCCCACGUGGAUGCUAGAACCGUCACCGUGCCGGUUUAGCCUGGUGUCGUCACCUUAACGACCAGGUGUUAACUCCAGUUUAACACCUUGAAGACAUGGCUGAUGUCAGCGAGACGUCAGUCAACAAGCAAUCACUGCUUCAUGACAAAUUUUGACACCUCGUGUCAAAGUGAGAAAAGAAAAGACGUGGGUUCAGUGUGAUAUCCUGUUCUGUGAACCAACUACACCCAUGUGCUGUGCAGUGCAGAUAGGGACAUUGUCACGUCUAAAACUGACGUAAAGUUCAGGAAUCGGAGACACGUGCAAAUUAAUUAUUCAUGUACAAACUUACGUCAGGUAUUAUUGUAAGGCAAUUCGCGAGAGAGGACCUAACGUUGGAAGUUAAAUCACCAGACAUAACAGUUCAGGUGGGAACUCGCUUACUUGUACAUAAUACAAACUUAACUAAUUUUAUCAUCAGUCGGAGUGAAUCACUAUCUCUGACGACAUUUUAAGUAAAUGUUAAAAACUUAAGACAUUUGUCUUUUUCAGAAAUUAUUGAGAGUUUAUCAGUAUGCGUGUUUGAUUGUCUUAUAUUGAUUAAAAUACACAAAAGA